AUGGAUCAGCUUCGAUUUGACGGGCAAGUGGCGGCUAUUUGCAGUUGUGACUACACACUGUGCGGAUCGAUUGCUACGGAUCUGGCAUCACGAGGAGCAAAGAUUGUUGUUGGCGGAGAAAAUCGAGAAGCCGUCGAGGAGUUGGUUGAGGAAAUCAAAGAUGCGGGAGGCGAAGUUUUUGUCUGUGCUGAAAACAUUGGAGCGUCAAUUGUUUUGCUAGCACUUGAAAAAUUUGGUCGGAUUGAUAUAUGUGUUUCCUUCAUGAGUCAUGCUGGAGAAGACUUGAAUGGUGAAACAUCCGAGGCCACAUUCAACAAAUACUUUUUCAAAACUCUCGAGACGUAUUAUGGUGCAAUGAAAUCGGCUUGGUUAACAUUUGUAAAGAACAAAUAUGGACGAAUUUUGUUUAUAACUGACCAUCUUUUGUUCAACUGCAAUUUGAAGGAAAGCAGAAACACUGUUGCGAAACGAGCACUUUUCGAUUUCAAUGAAAGUCUUUUGAAAUUGACUGAAAAUGGCCCGAUUGAUUAUGACAUUAAAUGCAACAUUUUGGCGCCUUGUUUCGAUGUUCUCAAGCCUGCAACAAAUGCGACCGGAAACAUAACACGUUUGGCAGUUUGCUUGAUCCAUAGACACUUGAAAGAAAGCGGUGAAAUAUUCCACGCGUCUGAAAAGACGUUCGGAAAAGUUUCAUUAUUCAAAUCAAAGGAUACUUGGCUCCAAAAACCGACAGCCGAGGAUAUUGCUCAAAGAUGGGCUGAUAUAAACGACUGGUCUGAGGCGGUCGAAGUGGUUUCAUCAACGGUAGAAAGCAUUGAUUCGACACCCCUCAGUCUACAUCACGACACUAAUAGUCCAAUUGCGAAAAGGUUGCGCAUUUCAUCGCCAAGCGAUGGAUUGUUAUGUUCAAGCUCAAGUGAGCAAAAACCUCGCUCAAGGAGCAGCAGUUCUGAUCAGACAAGUGUUCAAACAGGCCACAGUAGCGUGAUGACGGAAUACACAAGGAAACUGAGAGAGAUAAGAAAAGAACAUGAGGCAAACUACAUGCCUCCUUCGCCUCGCCCAUUCUACGUUCCGCCCGUGUUGAUUGGAUAUAAUAUCGUCAAGCGAGGAAAGAAGUUGAUUACUUUCAUCUUCGAUUUCGAGCGAUCUCCUGUAAAAGUCUACACCGAAAUCUGUCCUCAUGCCUAUGAUGUCUAUGAAAUCACAGAAGCCGAUUUUUUGGCUGAAAUUAAAGAAAAAAUGAAUGCGAAAGGGAUUACCGAUGAUGAAAUGGAAUUCCAAUGUAUUAUGAGAAUGCUUACUUCAAGAAUUUCAUAUGCAAAUGACAAUUCCUAUGAUGAUAUUUUCAAAAUGAAAUCGAAAAAUGGGCCUCACUAG